CAGGUACCCUUCUCUGCUCGAGUCAUCAGACGUCGACGGCGGUUCAUCCGUUGCCGUUUUGACGUAUCUUCGCCGCAUCCUGGAGUCACUGGACCACCCCGAUAUGGUUAAUCUUAUCCUCCAUUACCUACUCGGUCUGCCCGACAUUGUUGGAUCAGUCAGCUCCGACACGGGAGACGUUGUGAGCGCCGCCCGCAAGCGCAAGUCACUCGACCUAGCCACCAUGAUGGCCUCCAAGAACGAAACCGCUGCGGACCCGUUGCUCUUCAACCUGGUGGACCUCAUCCUCGCUUGUCUCCGGUCGCAGAACAAUCAGACGGUCUACGUCACCCUUCAGCUAGUGUCGGUGAUCCUUAAGAGGCAUCAUCGAUACGCCGUCAUCACUUUGCUGUACACGGAAGGCGUCCUCGGCGAUUCACAUCAUCGGACGUUUGGUGCUCACCAGCAAGAGGUGGAGUACCUAAUGUCCUUGGCUGGGAGCAUUGGGGGACAGGACAAUUUUGACGAAAUCUACGACAGCAUCCUGAAGGACACGCUGGUGCGGCUGGAGAACCAUCCGUGCUCCAUCAAGCUGGUCACGCCCAAGACAUCAACCUACAACCACAAAUUGCCCGAGGUCCCAGAUACCCUUCCCGGCGCCCCCCGAGACGUCCGGUCUCACACCCUUCACCCGAGCGACCCGUUGCUUAACAUCGUGCUGGACCGUCUUGAAACCUUCUUUAUCAACCCCGUCGACACAAACCUCGCUUUGACGGAAGCCAUCUUUGAUCUCGCCGCUUGCGGCUUCAUGCAUCUGGAAGGCUGGUUCAUGCGGAGCCCGUCAAGCUACGUCUACGAAGAAGACGACGGCGGCCCGCCGUUGCCCGAUCCGCCGUUGGACCACGACUCUCAAGAGUACAUCGAGUACAAGCAGAUGCAGGCGAUGCAAGAGUCCCGCCGCCGGCCGAGGUGGGUUCCGUCGAGCCUACCUCGCCUGCUCAAGAUACUGCAGAAGCUCUGCGACCAAGUCGCGGCUUACCGAGAGACCAUCCCGCGCUUCGACGACCUGCUCCAGCAGCGCCGCGAGGCCUUUCAGAUUGCCGACUGCGCCAGCCAACCUCUCCCACUUCACCCCCCGAGGGUCAGGACUCCGGCCUCCCAUUCUUCGGCGGCCACGCCCGGCACCGAACGGGCCGGGUUCUCCCCCGACGAGGGCCGUAAUCCGUCUCGAGAACGGCCUUCCGGUCUCGAAGGCUUUGCUCAGCGCAUCCUGUCCGAGCUCGGCACGCCCACCCGCUCCGGCAGCCCGCGAGGCCGGAAAGAAGCGAAGCGAGUUCCCUCCGAUCGUUCGGCCCCCGUAUCCCUUCCGUCCCCGGCCGCGCCGCCGCAUCUAUCAACACCACAGGUCGGCCGGCCCAUGCCGCCGGGAAUCCCGUCCUCAUCCAACAACAUGCCCGCCGGCGGCCCGUGGGAUAGCAGCGGCCGGCCCGACGGCUUGGCAAGCCAAGCCAGGGCCUUCCAGGCCGUUGAUCAGAGCAUCCUCGCCAGGAAGGUGGGAAUCCCCGAAACCAGGCCCGUCAGCCUCGACUUUGACAGACAGCGCACCGCUGGCGGGGUGUCGUCAGCGGACGAGAAGCAGGCGGCCGACGAGGAGGAAGCCAAGGCGGAAGAGGGCGGCGGCGAGGACGCGCUGCUGGCGCCGUCGGAAGACGGCGAGCAGUCGGACGAUGGAGACAACGGCGGCGGCGGCGGCGGCGGCGGCGGCGGUGGCGUCGGCGGGGAAGGCGACGCCGGUACCGGCGAGCCGGGAACGCCGACUGCGGACCGGACCGUGUCGGUGUCGCACGUCCUGACCAACACGAUCGUGCUGCAGGCGUUUCUGUUUGAGCUGGCCAGCGUCGUGCAGGUCAGGGCCGGGCUGUUUGACGAGGUGCGGUUUGCCUAGGCGGCGGACGAGGACGAGGACGAGGGAGACGACGACGAUGACGAAGACGAAGACGACGACGAUGAUGAGGAUGAUGAUGCCGUGGUGGGGAUGCAGGAUGACGGCCCGAGCCGGGACGCGUCCCCUGUGACGGAUGAUAUGAGUGGGGAGAGGGACUGGCUUGGCCCGGCUUUUGAGGCAACGGAGGUCUUGAGAAGACUCUUCGCGCUGUGGUAGAAAUUUUGGCGCAGCCCGGUCCCUGUCAAGGCAAGUCGAUCAAGAUUACCUAUUCAAGAAGCGGUGCGGUUCACUUGGGCUCUCUUUUGUGAGAGAGAGAGAGAGAUGAGACCUGCAUUGCUUUGGUGUUAGCUGGAUUGUUAGCAUCUUUGUUGGCCCUGAGCACUCAGCUAUAUCGUUUGUUAAUCAGGCAUCGAACAAGGCGAUUGCGUGUGAUAGUCGUGGGAACGGAAGGCCCAGGGAGUGGGGGUUUGAGACCGCUAGCAGAACUCCCAGAAAUUCUUAACUUUGUUUUCUACUUCGCCCGGC